ACGUUAAAAAACUAUCAUAAAUAACUACCGUCACGGUUGCAUAAAUAUAUUGUUUCAGGUGUCAUUUGGAUAUGUUAAAUAUUUGAAGUGCUCAAAAUUAUUUUUUAAUAUUACAAAUAUUUAGCAGUGCGUAGUAUUUAGUUCGAACUACUCUUCGAUAAAAAGCUUAAAAAUUGCAAAUGCAUCAAGUUUCAAUAUGAAGAGCUUUACAUUACUAAUAUGUGGUCUAAUUUUGAUCGCACGUGGUCAUUGUCUCACCGAGGAUGAGAUGACAAAAGUACUGGAAGAUUACAAUAAAAGCUCUCAAAAGUAUUGCAAUAAGCAAGUGAAAGCUGAUUGGGAUUUUCAAACUGAUGUUGAAAAUGAGGAAAAACGAAAGGCGGCGGACGCAGCUAAUGUUGAAUACGCGAAAUUUCAAUUGGAUUGGUUCGAAAAGGUGUUCAAAGAUGCAAAUCCAGAAAAUUUUGGAAAGAUGAACAGACGUCAAUUGAAACAACUUCAAAACAUUGGAACAUCAAUCUUGUCUGAAAAUCAGUUGGAUGAGUUCAAUAAAGUCGUUGGUCAAAUGACACAAAUUUACAGCUCGGCAACAAUAUGUCCUAAAGAAAAGCCUGUAUGUGAAGAUGACGAAAGACUUGCAUUGAAUCCAGAUAUUGAAAAAAUUCUUGCUGAUUCACGUGAUUAUGAUGAAUUACUUCAUGUAUGGAAUGAAUGGCACUCAAAUAGUGGCAAACGCAUGUUAAAAGAGUACAAGCAGUAUGUCCGUUUGAUGAAUAUAGCGGCUGAAGAAAAUAAUUUUACUGAUGCCGGCGAAAUGUGGAGAGAUAAAUACGAAGAUCCAAAUCUUGUGGAGACGGUUGAUCGCUUAUGGAAUGAUAUUGAGCCAUUAUACAAUGAGUUACAUACAUAUGUUCGUCAUAAAUUGGGUCAAAUGUACUCAACUCAUUUGAAUAAGGAUGAUCCAAUGAUUCCAGCACAUAUACUCGGUAAUAUGUGGGCACAAGAUUGGAGCAAUCUAUAUCAGGAACUGAAGCCUUUUAAACAUGCAUCUUUGGUAGAUGUGACACAAAAAAUGAAAGAACAAGGCUAUACUGCCAAAAAAAUGUUCCAAAUGUCCGAUGAGUUUUAUAUGAGUCUCGGACUUCCAACGAGCAACAUGAGUUAUGGUGAGAAGGCCGUUAUCGAGAAUCCCGAAGGAGUUGUAAUUGUGUGUCAUGCUUCCGCUUGGGAUUUUUGCGAUGCCGAAGACUUUCGAAUUAAGCAAUGUACUGAAAUAACAAUGGGAGACUUUGUAACAGUUCACCACGAAAUGGGUCACAUCAUGUAUUACAUUCUCUACAAAAAUCAACCGUUAGUUUUGCGAACGGGCGCUACUCCAGCUUUCCACGAAGCUGUAGGUGAUACAAUCGCCAUGAGUGUUAGCUCGCCAAAACAUUUGCAGGCGAUUGGACUUUUAACAGAUUAUGAGGACUCGGAAGAAGACAAUAUUAAUGCCCUCUUUAGUAUGGCCUUGGAGCGUCUUGCAUUCUUACCUUUCGGACUUCUUGUGGAUAAAUGGAGAUGGGAUGUUUUCAGUAAUGUUGUUACGGAAAAUGAAUGGAACUCACAUUGGUGGCAUUUACGUGAAAAAUAUCAAAAGGUCACACGACCAGUAAAAAGUGAAACAGACGAUUUCGAUCCGGGAUCUAAAUAUCAUAUUCCAAAUAACUCGCAGUACAUUGCAUAUUUCAUGGCGCAUCUUUUGGAAUUCCAAAUGUAUAAAGCAUUGUGUAUUGAUGCAGGAGAAUAUGAUCCAAAUAAUCCUAUGUCAGAGCCGUUACACAAAUGUGACUUUUAUAAAAACCAUAAGGCUGGUGACAGAUUGAAAAAAGGGUUGUCCUUAGGUUCAUCUGAUGAUCCCCAUGUAGCUUUGAAAGCUUUGACAAACGAAGACGAAAUCAACGCUUCAGCUCUUUUGGAAUAUUUCAAGCCACUGUUUAAAUUCUUACAAGAAGAAAAUCAGAAAAUUAAGGAAGAACGAAUGACUGAAAUUCUUGAAGAAUAUGAUACUAAGAUUACAGCAAUGUGCAAUAAAGUCCAAAAUGCCGAUUGGGAUAAAACAACUGAUUUAGCAAAUGACGAAAAGAAGAAAAUUUACGAAGAAGCUGUGCUUGAAAACGCAAAGCUUAAAAAAGAGUAUUACGAGAGGUAUUUCAAAGGACAAAAUCCAGAUGACUAUGAAGACCUAUCUGUAAAGCGUCAAAUUAUGCAAGUUAAUACAUUAGGAGUUGAUACUUUAAAUGAAAAUGAUUUGAAAAACUUAACAGAAGUAAUUGACAAAAUGUCUACGACGUACGGUCAAGCCAAAAUAUGUCCAUAUAAAAUACCGAAUUGCAAAGAAGAGGAAAAACUAUCAUUGGAUCCAGAUUUGUACAAAAUUCUAGCAGAAUCAACGGAUGCUGAUGAAAUGAAAUAUAUAUGGCAGGCUUGGCGAGAAGCUUCAGGUAAGCUUAUGCGCGAUGACUACGGAAAGUAUGUAGAGUUAGUAAAUGCAGCUGCAACUAAAAAUCAGCGCAAUGAUUAUGGAGAACUUUGGCGAGAAGCUUAUGAAUACGAUAAUUUAACUGCAUCUCUUGAACGCAUGUGGAAACAAGUGGAGCCUCUAUACGAUGAACUCCAUUUUUAUGUAAAAACAAAAUUAUCCGCAAUUUACUCCGAAGUAAGUGUGCUUGAUGAUACAAUGCCAGCACACCUUCUUGGCAAUAUGUGGGCCCAAUCAUGGGUCAAUCUUUACGAGAAAAUACGUCCAUUUGAAAAUGCCACAGAUAUCGACGUUACAGAGGCUAUGCAAGGAAUGUCACGGCUCGAAAUGUUCCAAAUGUCCGACAAGUUUUUCCAAGGAUUAGGUUUGGAGUCAAAUGAGAUGAGUUACACUGGUCUUUCGAUUAUUGAAAAGCCAUCAGAUCGAGAAAUUCAAUGUCACGCAAGUGCAUGGGAUUUUUGUGAUGGAAAGGACUUUAGAAUUAAAAUGUGCACAAAUAUUAACAUGGUUGACCUCAUUACAGUGCACCACGAAAUGGGCCACAUUCAAUACUUUAUCUUAUACAAAGAUCAACCUAACGUUCUCAGAAAUGGAGCAAAUCCAGCAUUUCAUGAAGCUGUUGGUGAUACUAUAGCUUUAAGUGUUAGCACUCCGCAACAUUUGACAAAAGAAGGUUUAAUUAAGGAAUAUGAGCCCUCUUUUGAGAACGACAUCAAUGCAUUAUUUAAGAUGGCACUUGAGCGUGUUGCAUUUUUACCGUUUGGAUAUUUGAUUGAUAAAUGGCGUUGGGAUGUCUUUAGUGGUGCUGUAGAACAACAGAAAUGGAAUGAACAUUGGUGGAACUUGGUUAAGCAAUAUCAAAAAUUAGUACCACCAGUUUCUCGUGGCGAAGAAUAUUUUGAUCCUGGAGCAAAGUACCAUGUCCCCGCAAAUUCUCAGUAUAUUGCGUACUUUAUUGCACACAUAUUGGAAUUCCAAAUGCAUCGUGGCCUGUGUAUUGCAGCGGGUCAGUACGACCCGAAGGAUCCUAUCGAAGCGCCUUUACAUCACUGUGAUAUUGAUGAUAGUAAAGAAGCCGGAAUGAGAUUGCGUGCCGGAUUGGAACUUGGGUUGAGUAAACAUUGGUCCGAGGCUCUCAAAGCAAUGACAAACGAAACGGAAGUAACAGGAGAUGCUUUAAUGGAGUACUUUGCUCCUUUGUACGAUUUCCUUGUGCAAGAGAACAAGAAAGGACGUGAAGCUCAAAUGCAGUCCAUUCUUAAGGAACAUGAUAUUGAGUCAAGUAUUAUGCUGAACAAACUCGUGACAGCUGAUUGGGAUGUUGCAACUGAUGUCAAUAAUGUUGAGAAACAAAAAAAACUAGCAGAAGCUACAUUGGAAAGUGCUCAAUUUGCUCGUAAAAAGUUUGAAAAGUAUUUUGCGAAUGUUGAUAUUGAUAGCUAUGAAAAUCCAAAAACAAAACGUCAAUUGAAAUAUUUGACAAAAUUAGGACUAGAUAUUUUAAAUGACAAUGACUUGAAAGACCUUACAGAAACAAAGAAUCGUAUGCAAAACGUCUAUAAUACAGCAAAAAUAUGUCCAUAUAAGAAACAGGAAUGUAAUUUGGAAGAAGAGGGACUAAGUUUAGACCCAGAGAUUACAGAGCUAUUGGCCACAUCCACUGACUACGAAGAACAAAAGUGGCUAUGGGAACAGUGGCAUUCUAAAUUUGGUGUAUCAUCUGGUGUUCGAAAAGAUUUUGAGAAUUAUGUUAACUUGGUGAAUAAGGGUGCUAUGGCUAACAAUUAUGCAGACAAUGGAGAAAUGUGGCGUGAGAUGUAUGAAGACGAAAACUUUAUUGAAAACAUAGAAAAGCUUUGGACACAAGUUGAAGGUUUAUAUGAUGAACUGCAAAAGUAUAUGCAGCGAAAACUGAUGAGCAUAUACAAAGACAAAAUGAACGCAGAAGAUGUUCUCUUACCAGCACAUUUACUGGGUAAUAUGUGGGCACAAUCAUGGGGAAAUUUGUACGAAAGGACUAAGCCAUUUGCUAAUGGUGCUUUGAUAGACGUUUCACAUGCAAUGGUUGAGCAAAAUUAUACUGCGAAAAAAAUGUUUGAAAUGUCUGAUGAAUUUUUCAAGAAUUUGGGUUUAGAAUCUAAUAAGAUGAGUUACACAGGAAAUUCCAUGAUUGAAAAGCCAUCGGAUCGCGAAGUUGCUUGUCAUGCGAGUGCUUGGGACUUUGCUGAUGGCGAAGAUUUCCGAAUCAAAAUGUGCACAAAAGUGAACAUGGAAGAUUUUAUAACAGUUCAUCAUGAAAUGGGUCACAUCCAAUACUUUAUACUGUAUAAGGAACAGCCCAAUGUUUUCCGAACUGGAGCUAAUCCAGGUUUUCAUGAAGCGGUAGGAGACACAAUUGCAUUGAGUGUCAGUACUCCUAAACAUUUGAAAAAGAUUGGCUUAUUAACUGACUACGAAGAUUCCUAUGAAAAUGACAUUAAUUCAUUGUAUCAAAUGGCACUUGAACGUGUUGCCUUCUUGCCCUUUGGAUAUUUGAUAGACAAAUGGCGUUGGGAUGUCUUUAGUGGUGCUGUAAAGCAAGAGAAUUGGAAUGAACAUUGGUGGAACUUACGUAAAAAGUAUCAAAAAAUUCAACCACCGGUCGAAAGAACUGAAGAUGAUUUUGAUCCUGCAGCAAAGUUCCAUAUUCCAGCUGACUCCCAAUACAUUGCAUAUUUUGUUGCACAUAUUUUAGAGUUUCAGAUGCAUCGAGCACUUUGUAUUGCUGCUGGUGAAUACGAUCCACAAAAUCCUAAAAAAGCUCCCUUACAUCACUGCGAUAUUGAUGAGUCAAAAGAAGCUGGUAAAAAGUUGCGUGCUGGCUUAAAACUGGGAUUGAGUGAACAUUGGACUGUAGCCUUAAAAGAAAUGACUGGCGAUGAAGAAAUCAAAGCGGAUGCUAUUCUUGAAUAUUUUGCUCCAUUGAGAGAAUUCUUGGAAGAAGAAAACAAAAAGCCAAUUGAGGAACCGGAGGAACCAGAACCAAGUCAAUUAGUUCCAAUCGUUGUAGGAUCUGUUGUUGGAGGAUUGUUACUAAUUGGCCUGGUGACUUUCUUAUUCAUUCAUUUCAAGAACAAGAACAAAACUUCACAACUCCCUACACCAGUGCCUGCAAGCAAAAACUAACACGGGAACAACGUGUAUUUCAUCAUAAUAUUCAAUUAAUAAAACUUUUGAUUAUUUUAAA